CUGAGUCACUUCACUGGGAGCCAGUCAGUGGCGAAGCUCAAGCUGCAGCUCCAUCCCCCUCCAGUCCGCUUGGAGCUACCGGAGCAGCAGUAAGCUCCGUGCCGCCUGCUCCCUGUCACUCGCUCCUUAGCAGCGGCAGCAACUCCGCUAAUAAGCCCCAACCCCCCCCCCCCCCCCCAACCCAACCACCACCACCACCACCACCACCACCACCACCACACUCCUCCCCAGCCUCCCCCACUCACCCAACGACAGCGACCAGCCGCCGCUCUCCUCCACACCUCCAAGUGUCUCCCGUAUUCGGGAAUCCUAAACCAACUCCCUACAGCUCGCUCACUCACUCCUCCAGUUACCUUAAUCUUCACAACAUGAGAAUAUAAGAGAAUCAACUUUUUAUUUCAAUUCAAAAAGAGGAAUUCGACUCAAUUUUUACAAGUCCCUGCCCUCUAUUCUCCUUCAAAUUAAUGGUGAUUAUCAAGCCCUGAGAAUUCUCAAGAGCUGAACUGUGACCAAACUACAUUUUGCCAUGAGUGGAAUUCUGAAAAGGAAGUUUGAAGAAGUGGAGGAUGAUCCCUGUUACUCUUCAUCUUCGCCAUCUUCCUCCUCUUCCUCCUCCUCUUCAUCCUCACCUGCUACAUCAUCUUGCUCAUUAUCCUCCAGCUGGGACUCAGAUGAUGACAGCUCCUGUGAUGAAACAUGGCCAACCAGAAGUAAUACGGCCUUUCCCUCCACACCAUUUACCCCUGUCCCCAUCCUGAAGAGAACUAAACGCAUGAGAAAGAACAACGUCCAGUUUGACCGUGUUGUUGUGUUCUAUUUCGCACGGUGUCAGGGGUUCACUAGUGUUCCAAGUCAGGGAGGUUGCACACUGGGGAUGGCCAGCAAGCACAGCUCAUGCAGGCAGUACACACUCGCAGAGUUUGCCAAAGAGCAAGAGCUCAUUCGCUGGAAGAAGAUCAAGGAACUUUUGAAAGAACAGAAGCUGGAUUCUUUAAGACUACAGUUGACGAAGAAUGGGACUGCUGACUCCGAACAGGCUGACCAGCUCACUGUGGAUGACAUCUUGGAUGAUGAUAUUGAUGUUGGUGAGGUGGAGCUUGACAGCAGCUUCUUUCCCCAGCCAUACCCAGCUAAGAAGAGGCACAUGCUACUGAAAGCAGCUGGAGUGAAGAAAAUCGACCGAGAGGAAAAACGGGAGUUGAAUGCAAUCAGGAUGUCACGCGAGGACUGCGGUUGUGACUGUAAGGGAUUCUGUGAACCAGAGACUUGUAGCUGUAGCCUAGCUGGAAUUAAAUGCCAAAUGGACCGGAUGUCUUUUCCCUGUGGUUGUACAAAGGAUGGUUGUGGUAACACAAUGGGAAGGAUAGAGUUCAACUCUGCCAGAGUACAGACACAUUUCAUCCACACCAUCAUGAAGCUGGACUUGGAGAAAAGACAAUCAAAUGGUGAAAAUAGGAAUGGAGAGUCAGACAUGCCACACUUGGAAAAUCCCCAUCAUUAUGGAUAUUCAGCAGACAAGGCCACCUUCCAGGACAGAAAUGCCUCCCUAACGCCAGCCUUUCCUUUCAGUGAAGAGUCAGAUGACAGUGAGGAUAACAGCUGUAGCAGUGACAUGACCGAUUCCAGUUUGUCAAAUUACAGCGAGGGGGUGGAUGAGGGAAGCAAUGACCAUUUCUUGGAUAACGCACCACAGUCUCAUCAAACAGCAGACAUUGAUGAUGACGGACUGACCCGAAUCCUCCAUUUUAAUGAUUCUGAAAGCGAGUGUGGUAAUGACACUGAAAACCAGGAUGGCUUCCCUUACUUUAACCCAUCUGACUUUUUCUGUGAGACUGGUGACCAGCAGUCUAGCAUGGAAACCUUUAAAUUCAACACUGAGUACUAUACUAAUCACUUGCCCAGCUUGGAUGAGAAUGCCAAUCAGGAAGGAAGUUUCUCUCUGGGAGAUGUAGCUCUGACACCAAGCAGUAACCAUGGCUACCCGCCUGCUCACUGUGUGGAGCAGGCUCCCAAAAGCUACACUGACCUCAGCCUUUCGACUGACUCCUUUGAAUUUUUCCAGUCGUUCUCAGAAUUCAACUAUGGAUCUUUUCACAAUCCACAGAAGGACCAUGAAAGCAUGGACAAUUGUCCAUCGCUGCAGUUUCAGUUCCCUGGCUUUCCCAGUUUCUCCCAGGCCGCUGACCCAGGUAGCUGUUUCCUGGAGUCUCUGAUUGGUCUGGCUGAGCCCAUCACAGCUGAUUCUUUUCCAGAGCCCCCUACACCUUUCCCAGACAGUCAGCAUCUCGAAGAAGCCAUCAAAACAUCCAUUAUGGAAACUGUGAAGGUUUAACUUCAGACUAUCAAAGUGACUUGUUCCAAAUUUCUUUCUUUUUGUUUCAAAGAUGAAUAAUAGAUAUCUUUAUGAAAUGACUGAUGUAUUUGAUGGGAGGGAUGCAGAACUGAUUGAAGUCACAAGUCAAGGAAUCAUUCUGCAGUAAUUAGCCUUUGGUUGUAUUAAUCAUGGAUCCAGUGAGGCUAUAAAUAUCAAAAUGAUUCUUCAACUUGAAGUGGGAGUGAUACUCCUAAGUAUCAGUUAGUAAUCUUUUGUAUGAAAGAGCUAUAUAUUGUUUAAAUUGAAAAGAUAAUUGGAUCUUGAGUGUGUUGUAAUAGUGAUGCAUCAAUGCCGAAUAUCGGUGGUACUUCAGCGAAGAGCAACACAAAUGAUUGCUUACAAAUGACACUUAAAGUGGAAAUGGAAUAAGUCCCGAUCUGUUUGGUUACUUAUCAAUGCACAUUUGGCAGCUGAAAUCAUUUGGACAAUGUAUUUGUGACCAACCUAUUCAAAGAAUCGUGCUGUUUUCUUCAGCCCCGAUUACUAUCUUGUAUUAUGUGAUUUUUCUUUUGCACCCCAGCUUGGAAUGUAAAAGCAACCACCCAUGCUAGGCUACAAUUCCAUGUUGUUGCUUGACCUUUUGUAAUGUCAUUCCAAUUCUGUAUUAGAUGAACCUAAACAGUGGAUGAAUGUUGGUUAAGCAGAAAAGCCUAAUGCUGCAUUCUACCUCCACUGUCUCUACGCAUCCUUCAAGUUUCAAGACCAUCUUUGGGAGUGGUUUUGUAACACAUUAGAUUGAAGCUCAUGGGAGUGCCAUGGUGUUAUAACCUUCAACCUAUAAAUUAGCUGAAUUUAAAUCAGCUACUGAAUCUGGAAUGCUCCUGGUAUUUAUGCUUCAAUGUUGUUAAAGUUCAUUGAUGCUCUAAGGCCCCAUACGGUAGACCUCCUUAAUGUUGUAUUAUGGCAUGUUAAGAGUAAGCCUGAGGCUUUUGUUCCAGUUAUUCACAGCUGGAUGAGAAUUAUUUUUCAAACUGUGAAACUUGCACCUUUUUUCUCAACAGGAGCAAUAAUUGAGAUUAUCCAGUAAAAUUGAGCAGUGAGAUUGUAGCUUUGGACAAUUUGAUUUUAUGCAGUAUGAUAAUUCAUUCAAAUAUUCCAUGAUCCUUCAGAGUAGGAUUAUCAUUUAAAAUUUGACAGCCACGUAAGGAUAUAACUGACUGUUGAUCUAUAUCUUGGGGAAAGAAGGUAGUCUUGAUUUUGGAGGAUGUCAUUACAAGGAUGAGAGAGGGGUACAAAAGUUUAAGGAGAAUAUCCUUAGAAACUGGAACCUAGAGAGUGAAGGCAUAACUGACAAUAAUUGGAUAAAGGAAAUUUUGGCAAUGUUCAAGACUAGACAUGAAGUGUCAUAAGAUUAGACAGGAUCACAUGAGUGCAAAACAUGAACACCAGAAUUUGAUUUUUUUUUUGUAGUCAAGAUUUUGAACUCCAUCUGUUAAGUUUAUAACUGUGUGGCAGUUGUUUAGAGUUUGGUUGGGAUUCUGGAACCAAAGAUUUUAAUUUGACUCCAAAUGUCAAUUUUGGGGCAUUGAUCAAAAAUAUGUGACUGCGUAAACAUAAUGCAUGGAAUAUAUCUAUUUGUGCUUGUGAUAUGCCUUGCCUAGGGAAUUAAUUUUGUGUUAAGCUUUAUUGUAUUUGUUGACUUCCCAAAUAGGAAAUAUUUGGUCUCCUUCCUCCUUCUAGAAGUGUUUUUAAGUGCUUAACCCAGUGUUGUAUUCACUGGGUGUGUAAUAAUUGUACACAUCACUGAUGAUGACCUACUUCAGAAUGCUGUGCACACUUUUGCGCAACAAAAUGGGCUUAAAUCUUUGUAUUCCUCAGAAGGAAGGGGCUGCAGUACAAUUUGUAUUGUAUUUACUGCAGACAGAUUGUGCUUUUUAAAUUUGUGAACAAUAGUGGGCAGAUACCAAUAAUGAACAGAUCUGCCUGUAUCUGCAUUCUAAAUGUAACUCUUCCUGGGUUCCAAUGAAAUUUCUUCUCUGAACCAUGGCCUGGACUUUUCAGUCUUUCACCCAAAUGUUUAUCAUUUCCAGCAUUGUUUUUUUUCUUUAAAUUUAGCAUUCCUUUUUUAACACACCUUACAAGAUAAAGAUUCUUUGAAUGGUAAAGGGUUAAUGCACAAAUUGAUUAAACUUACUAUGCAAAGUCUUAACUACAGCUGAGCCUAGCAAAUUGUACAGUAAUUUGUAAGUGCAAAGUACAUUGAUAAAGCCAACUUGAGACCAGGUCUUAAAUAGUCGGAAGUUAAUAAGUAACUUUUGUAAUACUGUACCUUUAAGUAUUACAUGUGCAGUUUUUAUUUAUUUUGUACUGUAUUUAUUUAUUUUUGUACAUGCAGUACUGCAAGGAGCACUGUGGUUUAAUAAUGAAACAAUGGAAGUGCAAUACAGCCUUUCAGUAGCACUGGUCUUUCUCAUCAUUACACUGUUAUUGUAACUGUGUUUGUUUGAGCAGUGUUGUCACUAGUCAGUUUGGUACCAAAUGCUGAAGAAAAAAAUCAAAAAUUGCAUAUAACCGACUGUAUAUAGCAGUUUUGGUCAUGCACUUUUUAAUACCAGAUUUUUUAAAAGAAAUGUAUUACCUUAAGAUGCACCUGUUUCCAGCAGCAUUAGACAUGCAAACCACCUGGACUUCAUCUUCUAAUUUUUCAUAGUCCAGGAAUGUGAUUUCCACAUGAGCUCAGUUCAGAAGGACAAAGGCUCGUGAGUGUUGCCUGGGUGUGUGUUCAACUCCAAUUUUGCCUAUCAAAUGUGAUCAUUUUUUAAAAAUCUAGUGACAGCACUGCUCCUGUCAAGUGAAACACUUCAUUGCAGGUCCUUGGCUUUUCUCCAAGAAGUCUGCAAAAUGUUUGAAGAUUUGAAAAGUAUCUUUUUGGUAAGAAACCAUUUUUUAAAAAAACUAAGACGUGAAUUGCAUUCAAACAUUUAGUGUUUUAGGCUGUAUUUUUGGCAUGAAGGUCAUUAGUUCUGUAAAGGUGCUAGAGAUUUGAAACCUUUAAUUAUUUAAAAUUCCACAAAGUAGCUAAUUUUUUUUUAAGCUUUACAAUUUAUAAUUUAUUGAAAAUCUGAGGGGGAAGGGCACGCAUGGUUCAGCCCAGUGUCUAAUAUGCAGAGGAACUAUAAAUACUUUUGUAGCAAAAGGGACACUGUUGAAUUAAGAAGACCUGAAAGAUGAAGAAUCCAAAUUUGGAAAGGAAUCAUGGAGUUAAGACUAUUAGAACUGAUCUAUUUUCCAAAGAGCUCUUCAUGGUUUAAAAAAUAUAGUUAAAAAUCACAUAACACCAAGGAGUAGUCCAACAGGUAUAAUUGGAAGCAGUAGCUUUCGGAGCACUGCUCCUUCAGGUGAUUAAACCUGUUGGACUAUAAUCUGAUGUUGUGUGAUUUUUAACUUUGUUCACCCCAGUCCAAUACCAGCAUUUCCAAAUCAUAAAAAAUAUAGUUUAUACAUUAAGAAGAGAUCAAAAUAUCAAACAUUUGGAAGUCUAGUUGAUUUGAAAAAUAUUUACCGACUCACUUCCCUUUUUCAAUGUGAACAUGAAAAAAUGAAUAUUGUAGAGAAUACAAUUAGUUCAAUCCCGCUAUUGGGAGUUGGUACAAAACAUCUAUUUUAAAAUAGUUCAUGCGCAUUAAAUGGCCCAUUGAGAAUAUUUGUAUGACAAGUUAAUUGUCUAAAAAUAUAAUUUCGUAAUUUCUACAUUAUAUUCAUUAAGACCACGAGUGAGAACUGAUGACAAACCGUCCCAUUUUAGUAUUAAGUUACAAGCAUUUGCUUUUGGGUUUCGUUCUCCACUUCUACAACCAAUAGAGACCUGGUGACAAGCAAAAUGGACAGGUGACCUUUUAUGCCUGAAUUAUUUGAAUACUAUGACAUUGGGGAUUCUGAAUAUGGAAAAAAUGUCCAAUUUCUCAAAGACGACAAAUCUAAAAGGGAUAGUAAUGAAUUCUGUUAAGCCAGAGGGUUGGACUCAAAAGAUUGAGGUGACCGGCUCAAGACCUCCAUGACCAAGUGACUAGUAUUUCUGCUUCUUUGUGAAGGAAAGUAGAUGGGCUUUACAGAAAGAAGGAAUUUCCAUCCUUUACGUAUUUGUUAUCAAAAUACUUUAAAAUCUGAAAUGGUAUUUUUAUAAGCUAAUCAAAGAGGACCUGAGUUAGUGGGGAUUGUGAAGCAUGUCAACUUGUGCAAAUAAACUUAUUUAUUCCCUAACACGUCACUUUACUUAGUUUGGGAUUAGCAGCUGACUUGGUAUUUCAGAUUGGUUAGGAAGGACAUGGUGAGGGGAGGAUCUGUUAAUCAAGUUAAUACUUCUGCUCUUCAGCCUUCUGAAGUUCCUCUGUAUAAACAACCUGGACCUAGCAAUAUGCAGCUUUUCUACCGUUAAAAUUAAUUUAUUAUUUUGGUUCCCUUUUCAGUUUUUUGGCAAAAAUUGAAAUCUGUUCCUUCUCAAAGGCACUAGAAAUCUGUAAAUAAGUUCAAUCUCACUCCAUUGUAUGAUUCAUUUUUUUUGCCUGUUGCACAUAAAAAAAAUGAAACUUGGUAUUUAUUGCAAAACUGUUAAGAUAAUGUUAUGUAUUGAAUUGUCUGUACAUCUCCCAUUUGCCUUCAAUAUGUAAAUAAUAUAUAUUCAGACUUCAAUAAUUUUGCAGAAUGGUACGAUGAUUUUUACGAAAAUGCAUUUAGCUUAAUCUGUAAAAUAUGACGAUGGAUUACGUGCUAUUCAUUCAUUCAAGCCGUAUG